GCAACCAAAAUCCAUCCUCACACGCCACACAACCACAAUAACCAGGCUGAGUUUUAUACAAAACAGCUAGCUAAAGUUCUGCUCAAACAGCCAAAAAAAUCUAAUUAAGCUCAUCAACAAUGGCGGAUUUAGAGGCCACUGUAGUGAUGCCUAAGAUCAUUACAUUUCUGUCCUCUCUCCUCCAACGAGUGGCGGAGUCAAACGAUCAUACCCAUCAGCUACACCCGCAGAGAAUCUCGGUCUUUCAUGGCCUCACCAGGCCUAACAUAUCCAUUCAAAGCUAUUUGGAGAGAAUCUUCAAGUACGCCAAUUGUAGUCCCUCCUGCUUCGUGGUCGCUUAUGUGUAUCUUGAUCGCUUUGCCCACAAACAGCCUUCUUUUCCUAUCAAUUCUUUCAAUGUUCAUCGGCUGCUUAUCACCAGCGUCUUGGUCUCUGCCAAGUUCUUGGAUGACAUAUACUACAACAAUGCAUACUAUGCCAAAGUUGGAGGGAUCAGCACAGCAGAGAUGAACCUUCUUGAAGUGGAUUUCUUGUUUGGUUUAGGUUUCCAAUUAAAUGUGACGCCCACCACUUUCAACACUUACUGCUCAUACCUCCAAAGAGAGAUGAUGCAAUCUUCUGUUGAAUUAGACAAUCCUCUAAAUAUUUCAAGGCCCCUAAAACUCCAUUGCUGUUUCAGUGAAGAUGAAUCCACCCAUCAAAAGCAACUUGCUGUUUAGGCCUUUUUCAGGAUAAUUACAAGAAAAUGGAUCAGUGAUUUGUCUAUUUGAGAAAAGGGUAGACUUUUAGCAAUAGUACUUGUAGGGUGGUGUUCAUGUGGGAUUGGGGAUUUUUUUUCCCACAUGAAAUUGUGCUUUGAAUUAUAGUCAAAACUCUCAUUUGGCUUUCCAUGAUU